AACCCCAACCCUCGAUGUUCUACUAUUCACAAACAUUUCUCGUUGCAAAGCCAAAACCCCCAUUAAAACCCUCAACCAAAAGCUCAUGUUAACCAUUUCAAAGAUGAAACCCUUCGUAUCUUCCUCGUCUGUCUCAACCCUCUCGCCCUAUUUCCCCAUUACUGCUUCUCCAUCCUUCUUUUCUUUGCCUUCUAAAUCUACGCAAUGCAAGCCUACAUUCACCCAUGUCUCCAAUUAUCUCACUUUCAAAACACCCAUAAUUUCGUUACCCUCAAAAGGGGUUUUUUCAACCCAGAAUCGAAUAGGGCAAAUGAAAGCCUCUUUCUCACCACCCUCCGGCGAGAUUCAUGUGAUUGUGGGUCCGAUGUUUGCUGGGAAAACAACCACUCUUCUUCGACGGAUUCAGUCCGAGAGCAGCAAUGGCAGAAGUGUAGCGAUAAUUAAGUCAAAUAAAGACACGAGAUAUGGAUUGGAUUCUAUUGUGACACAUGACGGCAUGAAACUGCCUUGCUGGGCAUUACCAAACUUAACAUCUUUCAAACAGAAAUUUGGUCAAGGUGCUUAUGACAAGCUAGAUGUGAUUGGAAUUGAUGAAGCUCAAUUCUUUGACGAUCUUUAUGAUUUCUGUCGUGAAGCUGCUGAUAUUGAUGGCAAAACAGUUAUAGUUGCUGGGCUGGAUGGAGAUUACUUGAGGAGAAACUUCGGUUCAGUUCUCAAUAUAAUUCCGCUUGCUGAUUCUGUAACAAAGUUAACUGCUCGAUGUGAGAUCUGCGGGAAUCGGGCUUUCUUUACUUUAAGGAAGACAGAAGAAAAAGAGACCGAGUUGAUCGGUGGUGCAGACGUGUAUAUGCCUGUAUGUCGACAACAUUACGUCAGUGGGCAAGUAGUGAUAGAGACAGCAAGAACUGUAGUAGAAUCACACAAGAUUGAGUGUCAGACACCUGCAUAGUUGUUCUUAGUAUGUAGUAUGUCUGCAGCAUAACAUACACCCCCGGAAGCGAAUGUCGCAACAUGUUAGUUGUCCCGACAGUUAAGUUUACCAAGGUUCGGGCGAUUUUGGAACUUUGGUUAGCAUAGUCCUAGGAUUAGGAAUAUUUAUUCAGAAAUUUGAAGGCAAAAAUGAAGAAGAGGGAUAGGGGGUUGUAUUGUUUUGUUUAGAAAAUGGUAUUGAAUAGGGUGUGCUUGUAUUUUCAUGGCUGCUUUGAUUGAUUGAAUGGGAUUAGAUUAGAGGGAAAAAUGAGUCAAUGUUGUAUGUCAUAUGUAUGUAACCAACAAAAUUGAAAACUAAUAGAUUAUUGGGGGAGGAGACAUUCAAGUGGCAA